UCUAAAAAUGUCAAAAUGGACUAAGAAACUGUGAAAAUUUUAAAGCAAUGCUAUUUUCAAAUGUUUACAACCACCUUGUUAAACUGUCAAAUAAAAUGGCCUGCGAAUCAACAAAAUGUUAUUCAACGGCCAUUCACACUACAAUUAUUGUGGUGUUAUCGCUACAGUUGCUUGGCACUAUCGAGAAGCAGGUGUUUGACUUCCUGGGCUACAUGUGGGCACCGAUCCUGGGGAAUUUCUUCCAGAUAAUAUGUACAAUUUUGGGCAUAUUUGGCACAUGCCAGUACAGGCCCAAGUUCAUUGCUGUGUAUUCAACAUGGAGCCUGAUCUGGCUUGGCUGGAACAUCUUUGUGAUCUGUCUGUACCUGGAGGUUGGCGUUCUCAACAGGAACAAGGAGCUGUACAUUCUUACCAUGGGAACAAAGUCAAAGAGCUGGUGGUUAGACCAUGGUAUUGGUUGCCGUGUCAACAAUGAGUCGUGGGUGGAAGAGGUUUCAGCAGAAACCGGCCGCCCAAUCCCACCUGAGGAGUUCGUGGAAGGGUGUAUCCUGGCGUAUUACUAUGUGGAGGUCAUACAUGCAGCUGUGCAGUGUCUGCUUGCGUUGACUGGUUUUGUGUUCACUCUUUUGGCCAUCUACAUUUAUGCGGAGGAACCUGAGACGAAUAUGCUGAUCCCAUGCACCACGCCUGUCAAUGAUGAGCUUGAAUUUGUAAAAAUGCAUACACUAACACAGAAUCCGACCCGACUUCAAAAUCCUACACCUUCAAGAUCUGGCACAGCAAAUCUCGCGUAUGAAAGUGACUCUCAGUCGAUGAGCACACGUACGACGCGUACAACAGAAUAUCACGAGACAAUUCCCCCGGCGACGCUGGAGCGUCCUCCUAGCUAUGAGACAAGUAUGAGAAAUCAACAAAACAAUGUAAAUCAAUAUCGCGCUGCAGACAGGCAAAGUGUGCGCAGUACACGCAGCGCGCGUAGUGCUAGAAGCGCUCGGAGUAAUCGGUCCACUAGGAGUGCGCGAACGAAACGUCGACGGGAAGAUCACAACGAACGUCGGGAGGAGCUGCCAUGGGUACAGAUAACUCCGUCGGCGAGCAACAUGAAUCAUAAUGACAGUAUGCCGUACGGGCAUUUUCCAUAAUUCCUUUUUUUUAAAGGUGUUAAAUUGUUAGUGCAUAGUUUAUUUUACAUUUUCUUACAGUAGGCCUAUAUGAUGUUUUAUACAUGUAAAAAUAUUAAUGGUAGUUUUUAUUUUUGUACAAAAAAAAGAAAAUUAGAAUAAUUCAGAUAAGAUUAAAUUUUCAUGAGGCCUAAAAAAAAAAUUUGUUUGGUUAGGGUUACAUCCUUUUCAAAAUAGGUAGGGUAGGUAGGCUUUUUUUAAUUUUUUUUUUAUUAGGCUUUAUAUAAGAAUGUUAUUUUCAUCAUUGGAGAAUGGUGUUAAAGUUAUAUCCUGUAUAAGCAUAUAUGGUUUUAAACUACACAUUGAAAAGCAAUUAAAAAAAAAGAGAUUUUUUUUUUUUUAUUUUUUUUUUUUUAGUUUUUCAUUUUUUUUUCAAACUGACUAUAAAAACGGUAGGGUCGGCGCCUAUUCCGUAGGUAGGGUCGGGUAACCCAAACCAAAUGUAUUUUUUUUUAUGCCUGACUUAAAUACAGGAUUACAAUAAUACACCAUGACUAUCAGGAACUGUAUUAAAAUCCAAGCACCGGGUUGCUUUUUAAAUAUGUAUAGAUUAUUAACUUUGAUGUUCUUUACAAAUUUCUGUUUCUAUAAAAUGCCUGCUUUCCUUAGCAUGCCAUACAAAAGAAAUUUUUCAAGGUCAAAGUUGCCAGUCUGUUAGUAAGGAGUUAAAAUGAUUGCUUAUACUUGUUUUUAUCUCGCAAGUCUUGAACAUUUUUUUAAUCAAUUGUAACAAUCAUUGAUAAAUCAGUACUCAUGGUUUUAUCAUUUUUUUGCAAUAUCUCCAUUUUAAGCUUUUUCUUCUAUUUGCUCUUAAAAAAACACUUACAUCCAUAGACUUAUAUAUAAGCUCACAUGGGUCGUUAUUCAUCUUACAUAUUAAGUCAUUUCCUUACUAAAGUCGUUCUCUUAAUUUCAGUUUCUCACUUGACAUAUGAUAUUAUAAAUACUUGAUAAUUUCUGAAAGUACUUUUUCAAUAAUUUUAUAUAAAAAAACCCACAUUUGUUUAAAUGAACAACAAAGCAUUUCUUUAAAUUUGAGUAUAAAAACAGGCUGAAAAGAUUAUUUUCAUUGACUUUAUUUAAGAAAAAAUCACAUAGUUUAGUUUAAAAAAACCCAUUUAUUUAAUAUUCUGACUGAAGUUAGGAAAUGACUUUAUUAAGAUGAUUAAUAAACAGUGGCCCAGAAAAUAAACUCUUCUUGUGUUGUAAAAUUGUAUUUCAUCAACAUUUAAGUGGUGUUUCCUUUUCUUGCUUGGUAAAAUCUGGGUCACUUGUUAACUGGUAUCCAAUCUGACAGAUCGUAUCAUUAGUCUAUCUUUAAAUUAAAUCACACGCUAUCUUUAUAGUCAUAGAGGCCCUUUUUCUAUUUAUCUCCUGCUUCAAAAUAUUUACAAAUGCAUAGUCAUUAUGAGCCUUUAGGCAGAUUGUUCAGAAAUUUGUUAAAGUUAACAACAUUGUUAACUUUAUUGUUGUUAAAUUUACUACUUUGAAUGCUUCAUGGAUAAACUUGUGAUCUGCUGUAUUUGUAACAAGAUUUGGGACAACUAUAUCAGCUGUACUUGUUUAUAUUUAAAUAUGAGAGCACAUAAUCAAACAGAUCAUGUUUAAAAGUUAACAACCAUGUUGUUAAUCACACUGUUAACUUUAACAAAGUUCUGAACAAUCAGCCCUCUAUUUCCUAACUAUGUCUGCUUUAGUCACAAAGAAAGUGUUCAGCACAUAAUAAUUAUUCGCUCAGUGGUUGUAGUUAAGUAUGUUCCAGUUGUUGUGUAGCUGUUGUGUAUAUCUAUACAAAUACAAAAUCUAUCAAUGUGUAUGCCUGAGAUUCACUGAUUGUAAUUAUUGUAUAACUAGGCAACAAUUAAUAAAUGGAUUGGCGUUUCCCUGCCCACAUUUUAGCUUGGGUUGCUAGGUAGUAAGGUAUUGACAAUUUUUACUUCUCAACCCCUAAAGUCCGCUUUGAAAAAUAAAAGAAAAAAAUGAAAUGACACUAGAGUGGCUUAAAAAAAAAAUCUGACACAUUAAUAUUUGUGAGUCGGUUAGGAUGCGCCAAAAAAAUUAGUUGUCACCUUUGAUAUUUUUUUUUUUUUUUUGAUUGUUUAAAUUGUUGUUUCAUUUGCCAAAACUUGCUUCAUUGUUUAAUUUUCAAUGUUAAUUAUUUAAAUAUUUUCGGCUUGUAUUCCAAUCACAAAAUCAAAAUGUUGGAGUUCAGACAAAGACCAAAAUACUGAAGUUUGGACAAUGACAAUAACUUUGAACAUUGACACCAUUUUGUUUCGAGUCUGAUAGUUCUUGUAUGCAUUUACUGCAUCUUGACAAAGAUUGCUGUCACUAGGUUUACAAAUAGAACGAGUUAAGACUGUUUUGCUGUUUGCUGUGUUCUCUUAAGCAGCUGAUUUUGUCCAUGUUGUUAUCACAUAUUGACAUUGAAAUGUCUGAACAAAGGGCCUAGAAUUAUUUCAUUCCAUUGUUAUUUUGUACUUGUGAACUGCAACAAACAGAAAAGUGGUCUUAAUGUAAAAAAAUAAAAUAAAAAUAGGUCACAUUAUGGCUUCUGUCAUUCUUGUUUUAUUCACAGGAAAUGAUGUCAUCACUUUAUUCACAUGAAAUGAAGAUAUCAUAUUUCCUAAAUUUUGGCAAAUUCACUGUAAAACAUAUAUAAGCUUUUUGUGGUUGUAUUUCCAUAAAAUUUGUACAGGACUACAGAUAUAAAUGAAUCUCCAUAUUGAAGUCUAAAUUUUCUGUAUUAUCAGUUACUAGUAUUAUCACUAUGAUCGCUUCAUACUCCAUUUUGAUCAAAUGUAUAAAUUUAAUUGGUUAAAAAAGCUUUGAUGUUAACUUAAUUUUUCAAAAAAAUGUCAUGUUAAAAAAUUUGACUGAUUAGCAGAUAUAAGGUGAUUCGUAAGUGUACUUGUUUUAGUACAAGUGAAAUAUGAAGAAUAUUUAAUGAUUUUGGUUGUCUGAAAAUAAAAAAAAAUGUUUGAGCACACAUUUUUAUUUCAAGGGUUAAGAAAUAGAUAUGGUUGUGAUACGAUAUCUUUUAGCUAUAAAUAGACUAUGGUUCUUUUGUUGGCCUUACAGAAUGGAUAUUACAUCAGCGGUCAAUUACUUGACAUUUUAAAGGACAAGAAUUUUUGUUAUUUUUAAUGGAAACGAGCCAUGGCGAUAUAUAUAUUCUUAUCUAUUUAUAUCAUAAAUACUAAAUUGAUGUUUUACAGCGCUGAAGAAAUUAAACAUCACUAUAUAUACAUGUAUUUAUGCUAUUCUUUAAUGAAGUCGCAUGAGUUAUUAUUACACUUGUUGCAUAUCAAAAUUGUUUAAUUAAGUUAUGUCAUGACGGUGAUAUGGUGAUGCUGUUUAUGAUAUAAUACAAUAAUUUUAUUCAUGUUGAAUUCACUUCUCAGAGUGGCUGAUCUCAUUUUCCAAACAUUCUUUUUUACUUUCUAUCAUAUAUUAUAUAACUUCUUUGCUUUUUUGGGAUACAAAUUGUGCAAGUCAAUUGUGAGCUUAGCACAAUUUUUCUAACCAAUUCAGCAUUAAAAGUUCCGGAUAAGCUACAAAUAAGUCAUGACCUUAGUGCAAUAAUUCAAUUACUGCAUAAAGAAAUAGAAGCUGAUGUUGAGUUCUUGCACUAAGGUCACAAAGUAAUCAUGAAAAUUACUAUUAGGUAGCUUAUCAGUUAAAGUACAGUGUAUCUUAUUAUGCUUUCCAGUGGUUCGUAGAGAUUUAUAGGUGAAAUAAAAAUGAUAUCCGUAAUAGUGAAAUAACAGUUUUAUAUUUCUCACUGCUUUUGAAAUGUUAGCCCACUGUCAGAAUCGAACAGGAGCGCGAAAGCUUGGGAACAAUUUUAACAAGGUCAUUUCUGAAAUGAUUUCAUACAAUUUGGCGCAUUUGAACUUCAAUUUACUAUAGUUUUGUAUCUAUAUAGUCAUAUGAUAAAGAUUUUUGUUUUGUUUUAUUGUACGAUCGCAACAUAUUUCACCUCAUGAACACCAAAAGCAAAUAUUUCAAUUGUGAUUACGCCACUCUUGAAAUAUAGUGUUUGGUGCUUACUCACUGAAAUAUAUUACGAUCUUACACUUGAACAAACAAUGAUCCUGUUAGUAGUUAUUGUAACUUUGUAAAUGUACUGGUAUUCAAUCUAACAAUGCAAAAACUAUUGGUCCAAUAUCAGAUUUUUGUUCGGCACAAACAUGUAUACUUAAAUUUGAAUUAUAUAUCAUUAUUUUUUAUACCUUAGUAUUAAUUUCUCACUGUAGAUUGUUUUGAUAGUGCCUGUCAGAUACUUACUUGAACUGAAAUGUGUAAAUUCAAUCCAGUUUUCAAUAGUGUUAAUAAUGCUUCUCAAAAAUAAAACAUUUGUUGUCACAUUUUCAAAAUAUUUUGGAGAAAAUAUAUCAUAGAAAUUGUUUGAACUUUGGAACCACCUGAUAUUUAACUUAGAAUCCAAGUGUUUUGAUUGAACUGUAAAAAUAACUGGCCAAUGACCUGAAUGGAAACAGUGAAUCUUGAAGCACAAGGAUGAAAAUGAUAUUGAAUACGAAAAUAUUAUUAUAAUAAGUUUGUUCACAAAAUUAAAUCUUAGAUGUCUGACAAGAGAGUCCCUUUAAAAAACAUCUACAGAAUUUAAAAUUAACUUGUACUGUGAGCAUUUUAUUAAUGUAUGGAUGGAAAAUGUUAUAUUAUGAUAGUCUCGAUGUUAAACUGUUUUUCAUGCCUUAAUUUAUGUAAGGAUUUGUUUAAUGAUUGCUCGAAGCUGAUUUGUUUGUAAAUAAGUCACAUAUAGUUUUGCGUUCAUUUGAAGUUAUUCUAGUAACAGCACAUUUAAUUGUAUGGUGUUAACUUAAUAUAUACAUUUGCUGUAUCUUUUUACAUUACUUGAAUAAUCAUGUAUGUUCAUAUGAUUUAAUUAUUGUUUAAUGUCAAAUAUUAUUCAAUUAUCUCACCAUCAUUUAUUUAUCAACUCUCAUUCUUUCAUUAUGAGCUUUGUAAAUUACUGAAUAUUACUUUUUAUAAAACACUAGGAUAUAUAAUUUGUAGGGGAAAUAUAGGGAUAAAAAUAGGGUAAAAAACUCUUUAUACUAUUAUAUUUUUUAUUAUGGGGAAAAUCGAAUUGGAAACAAUUUACGGAACAUCAAUACUAUAAAUAGUAUGUAGUCAAUAAUUUCAAUUCUGGGUAGAAUAAUUCUGUACUAUCUAUCAUAAAAUUUGGUAGUGAAUAUUGAAAGCUAAUACAUUCUGUGUUUGUCCGUAAGACCUGCAUUACCUAAGUCACGUGCAGGGUUUUGUCCCUUGUAGACAUUAUGUUUGAUUCUUGGAUUUAUACAUUGGCUUAUCCCAACUGAAAUCAUCAUCCUGACCAGCACACCUGCUGACUGUUGAAUAUGACACAUUUCUCUAUUGUAUGAUUACAUUGAAUUAUAUGGUAGGUUACACAAAGCCAUUAUUAUAAUCACAUAUUUGAUCCAUGAUUAGCAGGCAUGGGUAGACAUUUUACAAAGAACCUACGCAUCUAAUGGGACAAAUCUGACAAAAUAUUAGAGCCAUUUUCAAGAGUCAUCUUUGUAAAAAAAAGCUAACAGAUAAAAGAUCUCAUUAGAAAAUAAUUACCAUUGUUGUUAUUUAACAAAAUAUAAAACCUUAACAAAUCAUUCACACUAUAAUAAUAAAAAUAAUUUAAUUGUAUGUAAAAAAACCCAUAAAGAAAUGAUGACACUUAUAGCCUUAUAAUCGUACCACAUAAAAAAUAAGAUAUUUUAGUUACGUAGUUCUGAUUUAUGUUACUGUAUUGCUAUACAUUAUGGCAGAAUCUUUCAGUAUCAUCGGAUCAAUGACAAUGUGUAUUUUUCUCAUUAGAUAUUACUUAUGAUGUCUACAUCCAUUUUGUACAUUGAUAUGUCUUGCGAAUCAUUUGUGUAACAGGUGAUAUUUUUGAUGAUUAUUAAAAAUAAAUGUGAUGUUAAGACUA